AUGUCGGGAGGAGAACAAAAGUUAACAUGGGAAUUACUAGAGAAAUGGACAGGAGAUAAACUACAAAAGAUGGUUGGGUGUCAACCCGAUGAUAUAGUACAACAUGUAUUCUCAUUGGAGAGUGUUAGAGACAUUGAAAACUAUCUAUCUGAUCUACUCGGUAACACAAGACAAUCAAAACAAUUUGUUGAAACAUUCUUAAAGAAAAUGAAUUCUCUACCCAAGAGAACAAAGAAAAAACAAUCACUUGCACAUACAAUACAAGUUAAACAAGGACAACAAGGACAAGGACAAGGACAAAAGGGAAACAAACAAAAAGUAAAGAUAUCAUCAUUUUCAGAGAUACAAAUUGAUGGUACUAUAGGAGAUACAUGUGAAUGUCAAGCUACCAAACACAAGUUGAUUGGAAACUGUUUGAAUUGUGGAAAGGUGAUUUGCGAGCAUGAGGGUAACGGACCAUGCAAAUUUUGUGGAACUGCUCUCAACUCCAAGAUUGAUCAUUCCAAACCGAUUGUCAUGUCUGACAAGGAGACAGCUGCCAUUCAAUACAAGGAUCGUAUCUUGGGCUACCAAAAACAUGGUGUUCAACGUACCAUUGUCUAUGACGACCAAGAAGAUUAUUUCUCCAAUGCCAACAACAAGUGGAUAUCGGCCGACGAACGAAAAACCAUUCAACUCCAAGAGCAAGAAUACAAUGACAAGAUGGAAAAGGAAAAGAAAACAAUUAGAAUUCAAUUGGAUUUUGUCAAUGGUCGUAUUCUACCUGCCACAACUCCCAUCGCUCCACCAAAGAUUGAAAAGUUAAAUUUAACAAAUCAAUCAAAUAUAGAGAAAAAUAAUAAUAGUAAUCAAAACUCGGUUGAAUCUUUGAAAUUAAAAGAUGGUGAUCAAGUAGUAAAGAAUAUGCAUUAUGUAACUGAACAUCGUAGACAUAUUCCAAAAUCAAAACAACAACAACAACCAAAAGGAGGAGUACAAUCUAAACAAAGUUCAGUCGUACAACAAUACUAUGGUAUAGAAGACGAUGGAUUCAUCUUGAAUAAUAAUCAAGAAAAUGAAAAUCAAUUUAAAUUUAAAGGUAUUAUUGAAGGUUUAUGGUUUAAUAAUUUUCAUCAACAACAACAACAACAAAAUAAUCAAAAUAACCAACCUAAUCAACUGAAUCAAAUUAAUUGUAAAUUACCAAAUUCAAAUAUUUAUAAUAAUUAUUUAAAGACAUUGGGAGAAAAGAAUAAUAAUUAUUUUAUUAUUGGACCUGAUCAGUAUCAUCAGGAUACUGUCUUUUCAUUGACAUCGACCGUUCCAAAGAGUACGUUGGAGUUUGUAAAGUCGUUGGUUGACCAAUCCACCAAAUUCAAAGUAAUGAUCAAUGUUGCACUGCAGAUACCAAUGGAUUUUGUAUUUUCAGCUAGCGAUUCAGUUUCAACACUGAAAAAGAGAAUAGAGAGUUAUUGUAGUGUUGGAGUCAGUCAGUUUACAUUGGUUCUACCGUAUGGUUUCAAUGACACUUUUACAACCAUUCCUACAUCUGUUCAAUGUGCAGACUACAAUACUGCCAAGACCUAUGCUUCAUGCCAGGUGACAACGAUCAAUCAAGUGUUGCAAGAGCUUAGUGGCAAGGUCAAAGACAUGUUGGUGUGUCCUAGUUACUUCCAAGUUGAUUUGGCCAAAGCUCCAACACGACAACACAUUGAGUAUUGGAGAGAGCUGAUUAGAGGUCUAGACACUAGAUGCACAUUGGCCAUCUCAACACCAAGUGGUCGUUGUGACAAUUACAUCCUCUCCAAACUCUCCAAUCUGUUUGAUAAACGUCAAAUUGUGAUUAUCGAAAAGUUCCCCUACCGUUCACGUGUCGACAAGAAUACUGUCUUGCUCGAUGCCUACCAACCACUCUUUUCAGACAAUGAUCGUCGGUUGGCAGGUGUCUUGGCCACACCGUACAACCAUAGUUUCCUCCUAGACCGUUUGGAUCUUUUAAUCCCUUUGACCACCUUUUCACAGUACCUUCAUUCGCCACACAGCUAUCAAGACGAGUUGACCAUGAGAGCCAAUCUCGCCGAGAUGAUGAUGAAUGACUCUUUGGCCGAAGAUUUUGCAGACGUUAUCAUUUCACUCUCCAAUGGUGUCCUCGAUACUAUGCUACUCGAUAUUAGCACAUCGAUCGAUGACCGUGGUCGUGUAUUCAUCUCCAAUCUAGUUCAAAAGGCUCAAAAUGUCCUCACAUUCUUUUCAUCCAGUAGUCUAGAAUUAUCAAAAUCCAUUCAAAAUAUUAUUAAUAUUUUAUUACUAUCAUCAUAUCCUAACUAUGUUCAGUCACAACUUGACCAAGCUGAAUUGGAUUCUGCAAUAUGGGUAAUCAAGCAGUAUAAACUUGAUGUUCCUUUAGAUCAAAAUCUAUGUGAUGGUGUUACCUUUUAUUGUAUUGGUAACCAUGUCUUUGAGAUUAAUAUAAAGUAUCCAGCCUUUUCAAUUGAUCACGGACCUCCCGACACUACAGUAUUGACCUUCCCAGAGUUGUAUUCCUUCUCUGUUGAAAGAUCAGCUGAUCCCUCUCAAGUGGCACUUCCAGAGCACGAUAUUAUUGUUGAUCUUAUAACUUGUUGUCCUAAACUUGGUAUUGUCAAUUUUACAGAUGAUCCAACUGUUCAAUCUUUAGGUGCUAGUUUUUCAUUGUUACCAGAGACUUUGUUGUAUGCCAGUUUUAUAAUGUCGGGUGCUCAAACCAUUACUUUACAAAGUCAUGCAAAUAUGACACAAUUGACGAUAUUUGGAUCAGAGUCACUCACUGACUUUAUCAUUCCAUCGACUGUUUCAAUGCCAGAAAUGACAAUAUUGAAUUUUGGAGUUCGACCAACUAGUCCUGGAAGUAUGCCUCUAUUACAAACUGUUGGUAAUCUAACAGUACCUUCAUUCCCAAAAUUAUAUUCACUUAAAUUGAAUUUCCCUCCACAAACAUCACCUCUUCAGCUCUAUUUUGAUGUACCUGUUAUGGGAUUAUUAGAAUUUACAGCACCUACCUUUGCAACUGUGAAUUUCAUCAAUUCCAUCUUUUCUUUAAUUAUUUUGAAAUACAUUGGAGGUGGAAUAACCUUUAUUCCUUCACUUGGUGAAAUCAACACACUUUUGUCAAUAACUGCAACAGAUUAUAAUCCUAUUGUCCAAGAUACAUAUCCAUUUGUAAAGUUCCCAUCAAUUCUCGUAUUGGCAGAGUUUUCAACUGGAACUUUAAAUACUGUUCCAAAUGUUACAGUACCUCCAAGUCUUGUUAAAUUGGAUUUAAAUUCAAAUCAAAUUCAAGGAGAUAUGGAUUUUGAUAAUAUUUUAAAAAAUACAACUGGUGCUUUGGAAUUAAUACUUAGUAAUAAUACUCAAUUAUCAGGACCACUAGACCACGAAGUUGCAUUGUGUCGUUUAAAAAGGUUAUAUUUGGAUUUAACAGCUGUGACAACUGUACCUGCUUGCUUUUGGUGUUAUUUUGAUCAAAACGUGUUGACUAUACCGGCAGCUGUAUCACAACCAUCAGGCUUUUCAUGUGUGUUGUCGGUUGACAAUACAACAAUCUACACGGUAUUCCAAAGGGGUAUUGUGACAGGGUCGUCUUUGGGAUGGGGGUCAAAUGUAGGUGGAAUCACAGUUACACCAAUCAUUCCAAAUGAAAAGAUGGAAGUAUACAUUCCAACCGUCCCAUCAUCAGGUGCACCACAACCAUACACUGUACAAUUUAGUGAUACUCAAUCAACCUACACUAUUCAAUUCAAUGUUGUAGAGGUUGGAUUCAUUCCAGCCACUACUUCACUUUCACAGUACCCCAAUCAAACUGCUCUUCUUGCAGUCACAUUUUCAUCGGUCAAUAGUUAUUUCGCGCACUAUGCACAACUCAAUGGAACCUCAUCAACAAACUCUAAUCCUAUUGCCAAUGGAUACUCAUUUCAAAUUCCAAUUUCGCAACCCAGUCUUUAUACACCAAUGGUUUAUAAUGAUCAUUAUAAUUAUCCAAAAGUUAGUCAAUUAACUGUUGGACAAGGUGGAGUUGCAGGAUCAACCAUUAAUAUUAUUGGAAACUUUGGACCAUUCCAAGAUAGUAUCAAUAUCGUUGUGUUUAAUAAUGGGACACAGAGUCAAUCCAACUAUUCACCAUGUACACCCACAUUGUUUGCAAGUGGUACUAUCAAAUGUGUACUUGAUCAAUCUAUUGCACCAGGUCUUGUCACAUUCAACAUUACAGUUGAUGGAUACUUGGUACAACACCAAGUUACAUUGGAAUCAUUACAACAAGAAUGUGAAAUUGAAACAAAUCAUUGUCAUGGUAAUGGUCAAUGUUCAAUAUUUGGUGAUUGUAUUUGUAAUAUUAAUCAAGGAAGUUAUUAUAAUGAUUGUUUAUAUCCAUAUCCAUUUAUUACAAGUGGAGUUGUAAAUGAUGCUGAUGGUGAACAAAAAUCAAUUAGUUUGUAUGGUGAUUUUGGACCAUUGGAAGAAUACACAAAUGCAACGGUCACUUUUAAUAAUACAAUUAGUUGUAUUGUGGCUAUUGGUUCAUCUGGUCAUUAUAACCUCGACUGUUUAUUAGAUGAAUCACCAACUUCAUUUGGAUAUGUCUCUGUUCAAUUAAACCUAGAUGGUCUAUUGUAUAAAAGUGAUAGAGUAUUCCAAUUUAUUGAUCCUUCAUCCCCAGGUGGUUCAACUUCAACUGCUACCACCUCAGGUUCAUCAUCCUCUUCUACUGCCACCCCAACAUCUUCACCAACAUCUUCUUCUUCAACCGGUGUAACAACCAACACUGCCACCACAACUACCACAGGUUCAUCUUCCCCAACAUCUUCUUCUUCAACCUCUGGAGGAGGUGGAGGUGGUGGAACUCCAAAAGAGCUAUGUCAAAAAAGAACACAAAAUUGUUAUGGACAUGGUGAAUGUGAUGAUAAUGGAGUAUGUCAAUGUGAAGAGAAAUAUAAUCCUGUUGAUCAUUGUGCAACUAAGUUUGUUGAUAAUUCAACAUUUACACCAAAUACAACAUCACCAUCAUCAAAGAUUGAAGUUGAUGGAGUUGAAUUUGAAUUUGAAAUUAUUGCUAUUCAAGAAAUUGGAAUUGAUAAUGAUGAGAUUGUCAAGGAGUUGUUUACAGUUGAUUGGUUGUCAAAUAUUAGCAAACCAAAUAGUACAAUGAUAAAUGCAGCGUAUGAGUUGGUUAUUUCCAAUACUAGUCGUCUUGCAGAUACCAAAGUAAAUGUUAAUAUUACAUUCUCUACGUUACCAAGAACUGUAGUGUUUGGUGAUCAACAACUCAUAACCAAUCCAAAUUCUAUCAAGAUGUCAGUAUCCAUCACAGAUUGGAGAUUUUCAACUAAUAUCGGUACACUUAGAUUGGUACUUAAAACAACAAUCAAUAAUCAACAAUCGAUGAAAUAUGAUUGUAAAGAGACUAAUGUGGAUUCAUUUGACUAUGAUGAUAUUGGUGAUGUCCAGUAUCUAAGAGUUAUCAAAGACGGUGUUCAAUUCAAUGGUAGAUUCAUUGAUUUUGCAUUGGCAAAUGGUAGAUCAACUUAUUCAAAAACAUUUGUUAUCAAUCAAACUGAAAUCAUUGAUAGUGGUGAUCAAUCAGUAGCAAUGAUUGAGUGUAUUCUCGAUCCUGAUUUCACACCAUUAUUGGUUGUCAAUGACAAAAAUGACGAUUGUGAUGGUUCGAGUAACACUUGGAAGAUUAUCGUUGGAGUUGUUAUUGGUGGUAUUGCAUUAAUCGCCAUCAUCAUAGGUGCAGUAAUGUACACUAGAAAGAGAAUGGAAUUCAAAAAACAUAACAAGAUUAUGCAAGCCAAAUUAAGAGCACUUGCUCAACUCGGGGUCUUGAGAAUAUUUGCAUUGAUUGCUAUUAGAGAAUUAGGUUUAAUUUCCACAAAUGAUGUUGAUGAUGUAAUCACUGUCCUUUUAUCAAUUGCCAAAGAUACAUUUGUAUUGUUUACUUGUAGAGGUGGUGAUGUUGGUCGUCAACCAAAGUUACAACAAUUGAAAUCAAUGCAUAUUAACAAAUCUAAAAAAUACAUUCAUUUUGUUUGUAAUGAAAAAUUUAGAGUAUUUGCAAAUUUAACAAAUAGUUUUAGUUGA